AAUGCUGGUGGUGAUGCUGGAUCACGUAGCUUGGCGACUUUUCAGAGAGAGAAUCCGCCGGUGUUUAAAGGGAAGCAUGAUCCAGAUGCAGCCUUGGGAUGGUUGAAAGAGAUUGAGAGAAUCUUCCGUGUUAUGGAUUGCACUCCAGCUCAGAAGGUUCGGUAUGGUACUCACAUGCUAGCAGUCGAAGCUGAUGACUGGUGGCUAGAGACUCACGAGAGGUUGACCGUGGCAGGUGAAGACAUUACUUGGGAUGUAUUCCGUAGGGAAUUUCUGAGAAAGUAUUAUCCGGAAGAUGUCCGUGGUAAGAAGGAAAUCGAGUUCCUUGAGCUGAAGCAAGGAAACAUGUCUGUCACUGAUUAUGCUGCGAAAUUUGUGGAGCUGUCCAAAUUUUAUCCUCAUUACACUGGUGCUGGUGCUGAAUUUUCAAAGUGCAUCAAGUUUGAGAACGGAUUGCGCUCUGAAAUUAAGAAGGCUGUUGGGUAUCAGAAGAUACGCAUUUUUACUGAACUGGUUGAUAGCUGCAGGAUAUUUGAAGAGGACAAUAAUGCUCAUUACAAGAUUGUCAGUGACCGCAAGGGAAAGCAGCAUCAAAACCGUGGCAAGCCGUAUGAUGCUCCAGUGGGAAAAGGGAAACAAGGAGCUGCUCCGGCUCAGAGGACUAGUAGGGGAGGUGCUCCUGCUGGUAUAGUUUGCUUCAAAUGUGGUCAGGCUGGUCAUAAGAGUAAUGUAUGCACUGCUGAAGUAAAGAGAUGUUUUCGUUGUGGUAAGACUGGUCAUGCAAUGGCUGAUUGCAAGCACAAGGAAAUGAUUUGUUUUAAUUGUGGCGAAGAAGGGCAUAUUGGAAGUCAGUGUCAGAAGCCAAAGAAAUCUCGUACAUGUUACAUAUAUGGUACUCCUUUAAUUACUAUUAUCGAUACCGGUGCUACCCACUGUUUUAUUUCUGCUAACUGUGCUCGAAGACUGGGUUUAAAAUUGUCCGCUUUGGAUGGUGAAUUGAUUGUUGAGACCCCAGCUAAGGGAUCAGUAACUACUUCUUUGGUAUGUUUAAAAUGUCCUUUGUCGAUCUUCGAUAAAGAUUUCUAUGUUGAUUUAGUAUGUUUGCAGUUGGAUGGGAUGGAUGUAAUUCUUGGUAUGAACUGGUUAGAGUAUAAUUAUGUUCAUAUAAAUUGUCAUCAUAAGUCGGUGAGGUUUUCCACUCCUGAAGAGGAAGGAGUUGACUUAUUACCUUUCAGAGAAUUGCGAAAAUUGAUGAAAGAGGGAGCUCAGAUGUUUUCUUUGAUGGCGACGUUGUCGGUUGAAAGUAAAGCUAAGAUAGAGGAACUGUUAGUGGUGAAAGAAUUCCCUGAAGUUUUUCCUGAUGAAAUUCCUAGUGUGCCGCCAGAGAGGGAAGUUGAAUUUACUAUUGAUCUGGUACCUGGUACUAGGCCUGUUUCGAUGAAGAAAGAGGGUAGUAUGAGGCUUUGUAUUGAUUAUAGACAAUUGAAU